CGUCCUCCUCCAGACGGACCCUCCCUCCCCCACCCCCUCGGGCCACCCGCUCUUGAGUUGGAGAGUCCUGGCUCCCGUUCGGCUCACAGUCCGGGCAACAGAGGGACACGGGAAUGGACACAGAAGGGAGUCAGAGCAGCCUGUCGUCCUCCACGCAGGACUCCCCACACGACCCCUGCAAAAUGUUCAUCGGCGGGUUGAGCUGGCAGACGACACAAGAGGGGCUGAAGGAAUACUUUUGUAAAUUCGGCGAGGUGAAGGAGUGUAUGGUGAUGCGGGAUCCGGUUACGAAGCGGUCGAGGGGGUUUGGAUUUGUCACCUACGUAGACCAGACCGGUGUGGAUAAUGUUUUGGCCCAAAACAGACACGAGCUGGAUUCAAAAACAAUUGACCCUAAGGUGGCCUUCCCACGUAGAGCUCAGCCAAAGCUGGUAACAAGAACAAAGAAGAUCUUUGUUGGAGGACUGUCUGUCAACACCACCAUCGAAGAUGUGAAACAGUAUUUCGAUCAGUUUGGAAAGGUUGAUGACGCGAUGCUAAUGUUUGACAAAACCACCAACAGGCACCGAGGUUUUGGCUUUGUGACCUUUGAGAAUGAAGACGUGGUGGAAAAGGUCUGCGAGAUCCACUUUCAUGAGAUCAACAACAAGAUGGUGGAGUGCAAAAAGGCGCAGCCGAAGGAAGUGAUGUCACCAACAGGUACGGCGCGAGGCCGCUCCAGGGUGAUGCCCUACGGCAUGGACGCCUUCAUGCUGGGUAUCGGCAUGCUGGGUUACCCAGGGUUCCAGACGGCCACUUACGCCAGUCGUGGAUACACAGGAAUCACACCAGGAUACACAUACCAGUUCCCAGAAUUCCAUUUAGAACGGACACCCCUUCUGACUUCCUCUCACCCCCCAGAGAUCACAGCCAUUCCACUGACGGCCUACGGACCAAUGGCAGCGGCCGCAGCUGCAGCGAUGGUCAGAGGUUCCACCCCCUCACGUACCGCUGGCUUCCUGGGCACCAGCAGCCCUGGGCCAAUGGCAGAACUGUAUGCAGCAGCCAAUCAGGAUUCAGGAAUCAGUGGCUAUAUCAGUGCGGCAAGUCCCGCCCCCAGCACAGGGUUCGGACAUGGACUUGGGGGUCCUUUGAUUGCAACGGCCUUUACCAAUGGCUACCACUGAGGGGCGUCCAAUCAGAGUCCAGCGUGGGAGGAGAAACUCACGCACUUGUGAACCGCGAGAACCGCUGACGACGUGACGUGCUUAUGGGACGAACCCCACGGGCGGCUGCGGUCCCUCCUGACUCCGCUCUGGAGUUUCCACCUUUUCUUUUUCUCUAUUCUCUACUAACAUCACUUUUCGUUUUCCUCAUCCCGUAUUUUGUUCCUGAUGUAUCCAACUCGUUUAUGAUAUGCUGCCGUCUUUUGAAAGAAAAAAAUGAA